CUCACUCUUACUGAGGGCCGUGCACAGUCUCAACCACCAUGGAUCCGAACGAUCUCAACAGUCUUUCCGAGGUCGAGAGCCUCUCCGACUCAGACUGGCUCGACAUCAGCAGCAGAGCCUCCGAGAACGACUCGGACGCAAGUGAUCGGGAGGAUCUCGAGUCUGACUAUCGCCCACCAUCUCGUCGCUCGGUCGCCAGUACUGGAAGCUCACACGAGGGCGAGGUUCACGGAUGGGAAGGCAUCGUCGAAGACAGUGCAGACGAGGCGCUCCCCGCUCCAGUGGCGGUCCCCGCCGGUACGCUCACCGACCCCCGCCUCGCUCACCUGUCUCUGUCCUUCAGGGCGGCAGCGCUCUCGGAGUCGGCUGUGGCAAGGCACCUCGCCCUGGUCGACCCUGAAGAAGAGCAGCGCGUGAAGGAUGCGCUCGACCAGAGCAUGGUCAGCACGCUCAGCAGCUCGCGCUCGAACUCCCUGAACGGCUCCGCCGUGCACACCUCGGUCGUCCACUCUCGCGACAUGCGCCUCUCCUUCCCCGAUCCACUCACAAGCCCUCGAGCCGAGUCGCUCAGCCCCUCAUACGAGGAUAUUUCCAUCCCGACCGACACUGACCUGAGUCCCUCCGAUGGGGAUACGCAGCCUCCUACCCAACCCCAGGAGGCCGUCGCAGCCCCGGUCUCCACACCACCCGCAGCUGAUCCGGGCGCUACCCCUACGCCCGAGGUCGCGCGGGCCGGCGGCGACCACGCACGCGCGCGCACGAACAUCCAUUCAAGCCGCAUUAUCGACUUCUACAUUGUGCUUUAUGGCGCAUCCUCGGAGAACAAGCACCGCGUCGUUCACAGACUGCUUGAGAAGCUGAUGACUGCGACCGGCUGCGGAUUCUCCGCGCUCCCGCAGAUAGACGUGCCGCGCAACAUCCGCACGCUCGUGAAUGGCGGGCGCACGACGCACUACAUUAUCUCUGUUAUCGACCGCACGGACGCUGUUCUGCAUGGGAAGGAAGAGCCGGCUUCUUUCGCCUCCCAUGCAGAGAAACCGUCGCUCGCGGUCGUAUUCCUCCCGUCGGCCGUCACAGCGGUGCCUGAACAUACACUCUACCUGCCGGUUCUAACCCAGGACACGACUGAAGAUGACGACGACCUGUUCGAGUCAAGCGAUCGUCUGCUCGACGCCGAGCAAGAUUGGCAACUCCUAGGUAUCCCCAAGAACAAGACCGUCUCUGCGUUCAUCUCCGCCGGCAAGUCGACAGUUGUGGAGGAAGACGACCUCGAGCGUGCCUCACCCGCACGAGUGGCACGUGCGUUCAGACCCCUGCUCCCAUGGACGCAAGUGUGGUCGUCCCAGAACCUGACGUCGCGUCAUGCGCUCACUAUCUUCGCGAUACUCUCGAUAGUGCUCGGGUAUCUGAUCAACGGGUCCUUCUCGUCCGCCUCAGUUGCGCGACCUGCCAAGCCAGGUGUAACAAUUCUCCCCAUUCGUGCACAGUCCCUGCCCUCCCCCGUCGUGUUGAACAUGUCGGCGGCCGUGCCCGGUCCGACGUCCACCGGAAUGGCCCUGGUCUCGUCCUCUCUUAAGGACUUUGCGCUUGCGGUCCUGAGUCCUUUCCCCGUGGCAUCCACCUCUUCAGUGGCUGCAAAGGCUCUUCCCUCUCCCACCGCCGCUGCUGUGCCGGAUCCAGCACCGGAAGCCGGCGCCCCGUCCGAGUGCGAGUGUGGCUGCGGCCUGAUCACCUGGCCCGCGAAGAACAAGCCGUCCACAGACGUCGCGCUCCGCCCCACUCCGCCCUCCCCGUCCCUGGCCGGGCAGGCAUUCACCAAGGGCGGUCUGUCCCUCGUCACCCCAGGCGCCUCUGUGAAGGGCAAAGGCAAGGCGCGCGCGUCCGAGGACGACUCUCUCUACGCGCUCAGCACCCGUAUCGCCGGCGCGCUCACCGAGUACAUCGACACGUGCAUCAACUUCGGCGGCGCCGCGCGCAACGACGUGCAGGAGGUCGUCGACGCCCUCGAGGAGCUCAGCCAGGCGAUCGGACGCCAGACCGAGGAGGCGCUGGAGCAGACGCAGGUGAUGGUGGAGGAGGUGCGCCAGACGCUCCGCAACCGCCACGAGCGCGCGCGCGAGCGGGCGAAGGAGAUCCGCGCGGCGGGCGAGCGGUGGUUCUCGUCAGUGUCCGAGGUCAGCGCGCGUGUUCGGGACCGCGUCAGUCUGGCGAAGGAGAACGCGCGGGGCCUCAGGGAGGCGGUGGUGACUAGACACAACCGCCGGGAGGAGGCGCGCUGGGUGCGCAAGGAGCGCCGUGAGGGCCGUCAGGAGAGGCGCGAAGCACGUAGAGCGUCUCGGUGGGAGCGUCGCGCUGACAGGUGGGGACGUUCCGCGCAGCCUGUCGAGGCGGCCUGAGGCGGUACACUGACAAGGACAUAUGGAUUCCUCAUUUCUCGUUUCAUCGGUUUCUUUCUGUGUAUGUUGCGUUUUGGAUGUAUGAUAUAUCGAAGCAAGAUGUAUGUAUGUAACUAUAUGUUGGUAGCAAGCACAUCAAUGAAGACUCCCUGUUAUU